CGCCGUCAGGGGGGUGGGGUCUCAGCCGGAGUCUGUCUCAGGAGUUCUCAGCACCGGUGUCACUCGUCAUUUGAGGGAGGCUCGCAGCACGAUGGGGAACGGCGGUCCUCCUUUAUAGAAUGACAGGACAAUCGGAAUAAAUGGCGAUUUUGAAAAGGAAUCGAUACCAGCAGUGUUUGCUGUGUUUUGUUUUGUUUAUUCAACUAUCAGGUGUUUUUUGUUUCAGUGAGCUCUCCUUCAUCACAGAACCCAGUGAUGUUGUAGUAAUAACCAGGGAUCCAGUGACCCUGGACUGUGUGGCCCACGGACAGCCUCCCAUCACCAUCAGAUGGCUGAGGAAUGGAGUCAGGGUAGAGGAGAGCGAACGGCUACAAAUCCUGUCCAACGGAUCACUGUACAUACCUGAGGUCAGGAGAGACGGAGAGGAGUCAGACAAAGGGUUCUAUCAAUGCCUCUCUCAGAAUAGAUAUGGAGCCAUAUUAAGCCAGAGAUCCCGACUGACUAUCACAAAUAUCUCACCGUUCGUGGUGCACCCUGUGCUUUUGGAGGUGACUGAGGGUUCCGUGGCCAGGUUCACCUGUCAGGUGAACUCUAACCCUCCUGCCAGCGUGACCUGGGAGCUAGACCAAAGCACACUACCGCUGGAGACAGACAGAAUCACAGUCCUGCCCAACGGAGUUCUCCAGAUCCACAACGUCCAGCUAGAGGAUGCUGGGAAGUACCGCUGUGUGGCCACCAAUAUCGGCAACCGCGUCAACAGCAGCGAGGCAACGCUCUCCGUUAUCAAACCAGGUGUUGGCCCUAAGCCCCGUCAGACGCCCCGGAUCGUAGCGGGCCCCCAGAAUGUGACGGUGUCCCUCCACCACACUGUGGUUCUGGAGUGUAUCGCUACGGGCAACCCCAGACCCAUCAUAUCCUGGAGCCGAGCCGACAGUAAACCCAUUGACGUGUACAAUGCCAGGGUGCUGGGCAGUGGGAACCUCUUGAUCAGUAAUGUGAAGCCUCAGCACAACGGAGUCUACAUCUGUAGAGCCUCCACACCAGGAACUCGUAACUACACCAACGCUGCUGCCAACCUCACCGUGCUCGAGCCUCCGUCCAUGGUGGAGAGGCCAGAGAGCCAGACUCGUCCCAGGGCUGGCACUGCCCGCUUCAUGUGCCAGGCUCAGGGUGUGCCCCCACCUCGCAUCACCUGGCUGAAAAAUGGAGAGGAGGUGCACUUGAACGGCAGGAUCAAGAUGUACAACAGUAAACUGGUGAUCACUCAGAUCAUCCCGGAGGAUGAUGCCAUCUACCAGUGUGUGGCGGAGAACGAGCAGGGCAGCGUUCUGUCCCUGGCACGCCUCAUCGUGGUGAUGUCUGAGGAUCGGCCCAGCGCGCCCAGGAACAUCCACGCUGAAACCAUCUCCUCCUCAGCCAUCCUACUGGCCUGGGAGAGACCCAUCUACAACGCUGACAAAGUCAUCGCUUACUCUGUACACUACAUGAAAGCUGAGGGACUAAACAAUGAGGAGUAUCAGGCAGUGAUUGGCAACGACACGACCAGCUACAUCAUAGAUGACUUGGAGCCAGCCUGGAACUACUCGUUCUACAUUGUGGCCUAUAUGCCGAUGGGAGCUAGCCGUAUGUCUGACCUAGUCUGUCAACACACUCUGGAGGACGUGCCCCUACGUACCCCGGAGCUCAGUCUGACCAGCCACAGCCCUACAGACAUCCAGGUGUCGUGGCAACCCCUGUCCACCAAACUGUCCCGUGGUAACAUCUGGGCCUACCGACUCUCCUACCGCACGGCCACAGACGCCACGGUUUUGUCUGUGGAGCUGGCCCAGAACAACACCCAGUACCUCCUCGGUGACCUUCAGCCUGAUACCAUCUACCUUCUCCGGAUCUCUGCAGCCACCAGGGUGGGGUGGUGUGAACCCUCCUCCUGGACCUCCCACCGCACUCCCAAAACCUCCAGUAAUAAAGUGCCACCUGCCCCACUGCUGCAGCAACUGGAGCCUCUCAACUGCACCUCCAUCUUGGUUCGAUGGCAGCCAUCUCCAGGCUCCGUGGUCGUCCAGGGUUACCGGCUCUGUUACCAUGAGGAGGGCCAACCAGAACAGCCCUCCAUCCAGCUCCAGCCUGAGGACACAGAAUACACCAUCAGUGGCCUGGACCCAAGGAGGAAGUACCAUGUGAAACUGUUGGCAUUAAGCCUUGUAGGAGAUGGUUACCAGGCCGACCAGACACUCAGCACCCCAGGAUGUGUGUCUGUACGAGAUCACCCGGUGGCCUCCCCUCCAGCCCCGGACCAUGUGAGUGCGGUGGCUAACAGCUCGUCAGCGGUGUACCUGCGUUGGAGCCGUCCUGCCUUCGCCUCUAGGAAGGCUGUCAGCUACACAGCUCGCUGUACGCCUGUGGGCCUGAUGAACGCGUCAGCCAUACGCUACGUACAGACUACCAACCAGAGUGUGUUGAUACAGAGCCUGGACUCCAACACUCGCUAUGAGUUGGUGGUGCGUCUCCAUGUCGACCAACUGGACAGUCCCUGGAGCGUGGUCGUCUUUCAGAGGACUCUACCAGCAGCGCCCAGACACCCUCCUGAAGGUGUGAGGGUGUCUCUGAUUGAGGACGGCACAGCCCUGGUUUCCUGGAGGGAACCAGAGGAGAACAACCUGGCAGUGACGCACUACACCAUCCUGUACGCCUCACAGAGGGCCCGGCUGGCCGGAUACUGGCAGACACUGCAGAGGGAGGGAAGUAACACCAUGGCCCUGCUGGAGCGUCUGGAGCCUGGUAACGUCUACCUGGUGAAGAUCUCUGCCUCCAACCAGGUGGGGGACGGGCCCUUCUCUACUACUGUGGAGCUGGCCCUGGGGCCUGGGUCUAGACACCGAGGGAAGAGCCCCAGGCACUCAGGCAGCGGCUCCUCCUCAGACACCACAGUGUUCUCUGACGGCCUGUACCACACGGAGCAGAAUUCCAUGACCGGGAUCAUCGUGGGGGUCUGCAUCGCUCUGGCCUGUAUAGUGAUGUGUACCAUCAUCCUCAUCAGCAAAGGCAGAUCCAGGAAAUCUUCCAUCUGUAAGAUCAUGGACGUAGUGAACGGUGAGGGAACCCAUGGUGCACAUACUGGUUUGGCCCUGGCCAAUGAACACCAGGCUGAGAACAUAGAGGCCCUGAUGCCCAUGAUGGCACCUCACUUCAUUGAUGCCAAGGGUGGGACAAACCUGGUGAUUACAGGAGCCGGCCCGGUCUGCGGUAUCAACCGCAGCGAGAGAUGGCACUUUUUUAAGAGGGAGAGAUACAAUAGAAAUACAAGCCAGGCUGAGAACAGAGCAUAUCUGUACGAGGCAGGGAAGACCGUUCUGUGUUACGAGGAGAAGGAAGGUGCGCCUCCCCUCCAGCCCUCCAGCCUGCAUAUCCUGUUCGGGCCACUAGGGGACAUGGAGAGCUCCGGGGGCUUCAGUGAGGGAAACAGCUCUGGAACUACUGAGACCAGUGACGGAAGUCAGGAGACAGGAGACUCUGGUCACUACUCCAACGAAGAGAUAAGCAAUGAGAUGAGCAACCCGUCCACCGCCACCUCAGGCCGUAACUCCAGGCCUCCGUCCUUCGGGUCGGAGUUGGAUGACAGCCCAACUCCAAAGAAGGAAGAAGAAGAAAAGCCUGGUUUUAAAGUGGAAUCUGAGGUGACGCCACUAAGACCUCCCUACCGUCUCCACCAUGGUCUCCACCAGCCUGGUCAUGACACUAUCCAGCAUCCCUGUUCCCUCUCGGCUGAGGAAGCUGUUUAUCUUGCCCAGGCCACGGUCCAGCAUCCCUCACGGCCCUGUUCCCGCUCGGCUGAGGAAGCUGUUUAUCCUACCCAGGCCACCGUCCAGCAUCCCUGUUCCCUCUCGGCUGAGGAAGCUGUUUAUCCUGCCCAGGCCACCGUCCAGCAUCCCUCACGGCCCUGUUCCCUCUCGGCUGAGGAAGCUGUUUAUCCUGCCCAGGCCACCGUCCAGCAUCCCUCACGGCCCUGUUCCCUCUCGGCUGAGGAAGCUGUUUAUCCUGCCCAGGCCACCGUCCAGCAUCCCUGUUCCCUCUCGGCUGAGGAAGCUGUUUAUCUUGCCCAGGCCACGGUCCAGCAUCCCUCACGGCCCUGUUCCCUCUCGACUGAGGAAGCUGUUUAUCCUGCCCAGGCCACGGUCCAGUCAGCAGGCUCGUCCUGGUGAUAGGUUACCCGACCUGAAUGCGGCUUAUUUUCAGUUGAAGCAGCCCACCUUUCUCGCUUCUUUGCCUCCUGAAAUAGGUCCUUGGGCAAGGAACAUACACUUACAUAGAGGGAUCAGGAAGUUUAAGCUUUAAGGAGGAAAUGGGUGUUUGCUUCAGGUCUACCUCAAGAUAUUUAUAAUGAAUGUUGAUGUUUUCCUGAUUCAUUUGGAUCUUAUUUUCAGUCUGUCUGGUUUCUGUCUUUGUGUCAAGUCUUUAGGGAUGAUUUCUUAGACACCUACCUCAGCGGGGUUGGAUGCAUCCGGUUGUCAGGGGAACUGGAAAGAGAGACUUCUGCUUUAGGACGUUAACAAGUCGACCAAUUCCAUCUUAACUCCUCCUCCACAUUUACAGGAUUGGUUGAACAGUGUAGAAGAGAACCGCCCCCCCCCCAUAUUAGCACACCAAAGAAAGAAACACCACACAGAUGAUGCUUUGUCAUGAAUUGGUGAAAGGGAUGUUAUGGGAUCCUGAUAAGCAUGUUCAGUGAAGAUUGGACAUUGGAAGGGGCUUUACAGCAUGUUCAGUGAAGAUUGGACAUUGGAAGGGGCUUUACAGCAUGUUCAGUGAAGAUUGGACAUUGGAAGGGGCUUUACAGCAUGUUCAGUGAAGAUUGGACAUUGGAAGGGGCUUUACAUUUUUUUUUUUACAAAACUAAGCUUAAUCUUUGUCCGGGAAACCAGUCCUUAAUGUCUGUCCUAAACCAAAGCUCACCCAACAAUGAAUGUUCAAAAGAAUGUAAAAAAAUAUAUUGCUUCGUGAUACAUUCUAUAAUUAAGGAGAUUGUUUUCUUCCAUUGAAGCAGAGUGACCCUCCUCAUUGCUGAUUGUCUACCUCAGUUACUCUGACUCUGUGUAUAUAUAGUACUACCUCAUUUAUAACAGUAUAUUGUGCAAGUACCGUAUUAUACUACUACCUCAUUUUAAGAGUAUAUUGUGCAGUUUUAUUUUCCCUAACUCAGGGUAAUGAGGUUGAAAAUAUUUCCAAGCCAUGUCGUCUUACCUGCAGGAGUUAUAGUUACAGGCUGAAUUUAGUUUGAAGAUUUGUGAAAAUUCCUUUUGGAAUUAUUUGUUUGUUUUUUUGUUGUAAGGUUGGAAAAGCGUUUACGUUUUUAUUUUUAUUUUUAUGACGAGCCUCUUCAGUAUAGUUCUAACAUUGAAGCAUUAGAUACUGUAUCACCAGUCUCUAUUUGAGUAAGAUCAAGUAACUAAAAAUUAAACGUUGAACUGGCAUUUUCAGUACGGCGUACCUUUUAAAAGCUUUAAAAUGGCCUUAUUACGUGGGAAAAGGGCUUGGCAGAUGAUUGUAGAUACAGAGAACCAAAGAAAGAGUAGGAACACGCGACAUAACAGCCCUACAGUAUUGUAAGUGUCCUCUGAAUCAUUUCGCUGCCGUGUCAAGUAUGUAUAUUUCUCAUUGAAUUAUCGAGUUGAAUACAAUUCUUAUUGUACAUUUUCGAGACACGUUUUUAUAUCUGGUUGAAAGCUUUAGUGCUCUGUCUUUCAGACGAGUGUUCUCCAUUUGCCUUCUAUGUACAGUAGAUCAUUGAUGCUAAAUGCAGCGUUGGCGCUGUGCUAUUAGAUGCCAAAGAGUUGUCUACUUCCUCAGAUGGGGGGAUUCAGAUAGAUGAUAGAUCAGACUGGAGGACUGGUGGGUCCUCCAGAUAGAUCAGACUGGAGGACUGGUGGGUCCUCCAGAUAGAUCAGACUGGAGGACUGGUGGGUCCUCCAGAUAGAUCAGACUGGAGGACUGGUGGGUCCUCCAGAUAGAUCAGACUGGAGGACUGGUGGGAUAUUUGUAUCCACUGUAUUUCUAGCCUGGUACCAGAUUUGUUUGUGCUAUAUAGCAUGCCAGCCAUGACAAUGACCAUAGGAGUUGGCUACACAGAUCAAACACAUCUGGGAGCAGGCUGCUAUUAUAUUACACACCCCAGUUUGACAAUACCACAAGAUUCUGACUAUCAAAUCAAUAACCCCUAUGUGUGAAGAGCAACGUAAUCAAGUUUUAUAUCUUUGAAAAGCAAAUAAUCUUGGACCAAAGAAGAUGUUGUUUUAAUAAUUAGUUAUUUGGUUUUACUUCUUUUUUUUCUUUCACAACAGUAUUUGCAUAAUGUGUUAUAAGUUGCUAGGAUUUUUUGAUUAACUAGAAAAGGCAUUUUUAAAGUCGAAUCAUUGUGAUGCCAAGUUCCAUUUUGUUUUGUGUGGCUUGAGAGGUCAAAGAGCGCUCAGUUGUCAGUUGGAUCGUGUUCAUGAGAUUUCACCUGAAAGAUGUUCAAAGUUUACUUUUGGGACUUUAUAAAACAUUUUAUGGCUUUGUUUUAUUUUAGGAUAGUUUUAUUUCGUGUUAAAGCAUAUUUUUCCUGAUGUCAUGUCUACACUUCUGCUAUCGGAAUACGAAGGUCGCAUUGAAAAGACGGGUCGCUUUGUGGUCUGAUUGUGUUCAGAUCUGGUUACCACUUCAGGAGUUGGUCAGGGAUGCAUUGUGUGCGGAUUUCUCCUCAGUCUGGACACAAUUCAGGCUACCGAAAGUGCAUACAGUGGGCGAUGUCAUCAGCACUCCUCUCAUAAGUCUCCAGAAAGCUUGUUUUGAAAUCGAGAGGCGCCUUUUUCAUUAUAACGUUGGAGGACAUACAUUGUUAGUGUGUGAGGAAUGUGUUUGCUGGCCUCAGAAAUGCUAGCCAACAAGCUAAUAUUUAGAAUAGCUA